AUGCAAGCCUCGGGCUUGGAGGCGGAGCGGAACAAGGCCACCGCGCGACGAGGAGUCAUGGAGCGCUCCUUCCUGCAGCCCGGCACCGCACUAGUCGCCCUAGAACAGAAGCGGGCUGCCAACCCGAUUGGCUUCGGUGCAAAGGCUGCAGCCGCGCAGGUCAAGAAGAAGAAGAAGACUAGGACAAAGGGUUCGCGGGCGCGACCGCUCUCGGCGCUGGCCACCGAGCUAAAGGCGUCAGGCGUGGUUCGAAUCGACGGCGCGCUCUCGCCGGCGCUGGUGGAAGAGCUGCGUGAGUUUGUAGACGCGGAGCGCGUCCAGGCCACCGCCGACGUCAAGGCCGGCCGCUGCGAUCAAAAGGCUCGCUUUGCCGACCUCGUCUUGCUGGACAAGCGGUGUGAUUUGCUCCUUCCGCUCCACGGUCCUCCGAUCGCGGCGCUGCAGGAACUGCUCGGCGAGGGCUCUGUCCUCGGCCCGCUGCUGCAGGAGGUGGUGGGCGAGGCGGGAGUGCUCCAGGAGCUCGCCUGCCUCACCUCGGAGCCGGGUUCGGCGCAGCAGCCCCUGCACCCGGACACGCCGUGGACGCCGAUCCCCUCGGCGUACACGGCCUUCAUCGCGCUGCAGGACGUGGACGCGCACACGUCCUUCUUCGGCGGCGACCUCAGCUUGGGCAACGCGGGCGUGCGGCGGCCGCCCAUCCCCGAGGAGUUCCUCCGCUCGCGCGAGGUGAAGCUGGGAUUGCUCAAGGCUGGCGACCUAGCACUGUACAAUCAGCAGACGCUGCAUUGCGGCUCCGCCAACGAGAGCCGCGACAAGGACGAGCUCGCUGCGCUGAACGGCAGGAGGACGCGUGUCGACGAGGGGGGCGGACGCGGCUUGUUCGGCAAGCUCGACGAGGUGGACGCGCUCGAGGUACGGGACACGGAAGGUGCCGUCCAGAUUCGUUUUGGCGACGAGGGCAGCCAGCUGGGGUCCGAAUACGAAAUCAUAUGA